GCAAUCUCGCCUGGCAACUCAACUCCUUAAAAAGAACCUCCAUCACAAACUUAUCAUUUGUUAUCCUAGCGGCUUCCCGGUAAGACUGGGAGAGAGCAAGACAGUUUAGUCAAGGUCUUGAUUUUAGUCAUUGCUUGGUGCCUGUUCGGUGAGGUUGUGUUUUGUUCGUCAUGGCUUCGCACUUUAUACUGCUGCUGCUGUGCAUUUCCCUGGCAAUUGUCACGGUUUCUGGACUGACCUGUCGCCCGUGUGAAACAGUCAAAUGUGCAAGUCCCGAGUCACUUGACUGCCCUUUGGGGGCAGUAGAGAGGCAAUGUGGUUGCUGCUACGAAUGUCGCAAGGGCAUGGGUGAGGAGUGCGGCGGUAGCUACAAUAUCUUUGGUACCUGCGCCGAAGAGCUGAUCUGUGACGGAGGACACGGGUGGCAGAGACCAGGUUAUUGCAAGACCCAACAACAGUUGGAGAGCGACCGUACGUCCAGCACAAGCGGAACAUCUACCACUAGCGGUCCUCUCUGGCUUGGAUAAGGACCCCAUGUUUCCGGAAGAAGGGCGGCUGGUUGGUUAAAUUGCUUUCAGAGGAAGGUUGAUUGGAUCUAGCGUGGGGACUCUGAAGGACGACGAUUUCAAAAGCUUGCUGGCGAAGUCUAGCACUGGAAUUCAGUAGAUGUGAUGGAAAAAUGUCUUUCGUUUAUGAUUUGUGCCCUUAUAUAAUUGCGGCCGCUUUUUCAAUUGUCCGUUCGUCAUAAGGUGUUUAUAUAAUUGCGGCCGCUUUUUCAAUUGUCCGUUCGUCAUAAGGUGUUUAUAUAAUUGUGGCCGCGUUUUCAAUUGUCCGUUCGUCAUAAGGUGUUUUAGAGUUUUUUUAUAAGCCGUUCGUCAUAAGGUGUUUAAAGUUUUUUUUUUAUAAACCGUUCGUCAUAAGGUGUUUAAAGUUUUUGUAAGGUUUCAAAUUGUCAAAGUUUAUUAAAAGGAUCAUCCAUU